AUGGCCUACCAGUGGAAGGAUACCAAACUCCAGGACUGGAUGACCUACCAGUGGAAGGAUACCAAACUCCAGGACAGGAUGACCUACCAGUGGAAGGAUACCAAACUCCAGGACUGGAUGACCUACCAGUGGAAGGAUACCAAACUCCAGGACUGGAUGACCUACCAGUGGAAGGAUACCAAACUCCAGGACUGGAUGACCUACCAGUGGAAGGAUACCAAACUCCAGGGCUGGAUGACCUACCAGUGGAAGGAUACCAAACUCCAGGGCUGGAUGACCUACCAGUGGAAGGAUACCAAACUCCAGGACUGGAUGACCUACCAGUGGAAGGAUACCAAACUCCAGGACUGGAUGACCUACCAGUGGAAGGAUACCAAACUCCAGGACUGGAUGACCUACCAGUGGAAGGAUACCAAACUCCAGGACUGGAUGACCUACCAGUGGAAGGAUACCAAACUCCAGGGCUGGAUGACCUACCAGAGGAGCAAAGAAACAGGCACACAAAGAAACAGGCACACAAAGAAACAGGCACCCAAAGAAACAGGCACCCAAAGAAACAGGCACCCAAAGAAACAGGCACACAAAGAAACAGGCACACGAAGAAACAGGCACACAAAGAAACAGGCACCCGAAGAAACAGGCACCCGAAGAAACAGGCACCCGAAGAAACAGGCACCCGAAGAAACAGGCACCCGAAGAAACAGGCACCCGAAGAAACAGGCACCCGAAGAAACAGGCACCCGAAGAAACAGGCACCCGAAGAAACAGGCACCCGAAGAAACAGGCACCCGAAGAAACAGGCACACAAAGAAACAGGCACCCAAAGAAACAGGCACCCAAAGAAACAGGCACCCAAAGAAACAGGCACCCAAAGAAACAGGCACACGAAGAAACAGGCACACGAAGAAACAGGCACACAAAGAAACAGGCACACGAAGAAACAGGCACACGAAGAAACAGGCACACGAAGAAACAGGCACACGAAGAAACAGGCACACAAAGAAACAGGCACACAAAGAAACAGGCACACAAAGAAACAGGCACACAAAGAAACAGGCACACGAAGAAGCAGGCACACGAAGAAGCAGGCACCCAAAGAAACAGGCACACGAAGAAACAGGCACACGAAGAAACAGGCACACGAAGAAACAGGCACACGAAGAAACAGGCACACGAAGAAACAGGCACCCAACAGGCUUACAGGCACACAAAGAAACAGGCACACAAAGAAACAGGCACCCAAAGAAACAGGCACACAAAGAAACAGGCACACAAAGAAACAGGCACACAAAGAAACAGGCACACGAAGAAGCAGGCACACGAAGAAGCAGGCACCCAAAGAAACAGGCACCCAAAGAAACAGGCACCCAACAGGCUUACAGGCACACAAAGAAACAGGCACCCAAAGAAACAGGCACCCAAAGAAACAGGCACACAAAGAAACAGGCACCCAAAGAAACAGGCACACAAAGAAACAGGCACCCAAAGAAACAGGCACCCAAAGAAAAGGACAACUCGUCAUUUUGGGGAUUUCCCACACAGUGUCACACAUCUGUGAUAAUAAACUAA